GAAUCUUUGUGCACCUGUGUCCUCUUCUGCUAUACGCGUCGCCUCUACGAUGGACUGCCCAUCAACGCCUCACCCACCUCAUCUAUCAGCGCCUCACCCACCUCAUAUAUCAACACCUCAAUCACCUCAUCCUGCAACGCCGCCUCGCCACCGAUACCCUUUCACGCGAUGAGCGCUUGCAGUUACAGACUCUCCGUCUUGCUGGCCACAAGUACGCGUUUAUCGCCAACCUUGUAGGCAUAACAGAGACAGGUUUCCUACUCUAUCCGCAGCGAACGCGUCACACCAACGAAUCGAAAAGGUCGCACGUCAACGCUCAGCAGUGAGCAGUUCCAGCAGUCAAGAGCUUCGCGGCAGAUAAGCCUCCUAUGGCCUUGCAGAGGGCCUUUUGCCCACUAGGGAGUAUAAGAGUACAUUAUAAGAGGAGCUCUUUAAAGCAGAGGGUAUUUACGGCGUAUAGCUUGUGGCAAACCACCCCUUUCUAAGCGGAACAAGUAGAUACGCCUUGCCUCGGCUCUCUCUCACGUCAACUGGACAUCUAAGCAGUGGUGGAGGAUACUCUGGAGUGACGAGACCUGGGUAACAGGUGGCAGGCACCAGAGGUUGUAGGGUAACAAGGAAGGCUGGCAAGCA